AUGGAUGAUGCUGCGGUGCUCAAAAAGAGAGGCUACAUCAUGGGAAUAAAUUUAGGAGAAGGCUCGUAUGCAAAGGUGAAAUCAGCCUACUCUGAACGCCUGAAAUUUGAUGUAGCUGUAAAAAUCAUUGACCGGAAGAAAGCGCCUCAUGAUUUCUUGGAGAGAUUUCUUCCAAGAGAAAUAGACAUCUUAGCCAAAGUGAAUCACCGAGCCGUCAUCAAAACCUAUGAGAUUUUCGAGACCUCUGAUGGCAAAGUUUACAUUGUGAUGGAGCUUGGUGUCCAAGGUGACUUGCUGGAAUUCAUCAAGACCAAAGGGGCGAUGCCAGAAGAAAUAGCACGAAAGAUGUUCCGUCAGUUAUGCUCUGCCAUUAAGUAUUGCCACGAUACGGACAUAGUCCACCGAGACUUGAAAUGUGAAAAUCUCCUUCUGGACAAAGAUUAUCACAUCAAGCUUUCAGACUUUGGCUUCUCCAAACGAUUGGCUCGUGAUGACGAUGGUAAAGUUAUCCCUAGCAAAACCUUCUGUGGUUCAGCCGCUUAUGCAGCCCCUGAAGUGCUGCAAGGCAUCCCCUAUGAGCCCAAAAUUUAUGAUAUGUGGAGUCUCGGUGUAAUCCUGUAUAUAAUGGUCUGUGGCUCCAUGCCUUACGAUGACUCAAAUAUUAGAAAAAUGCUCAAGCUUCAAAAGGAACACCGAGUGCAUUUUCCAAAGUCUAAAAACCUAUCGACCGAAUGCAAAGAUCUUAUUUAUCGCAUGCUGCAACCUGACGUGACCCGGCGGCUGCGCAUCGAUGAGGUUUUGAACCAUGUUUGGAUGCAUGCCUCUAAAUCCAGAGGGGUUUCAGCAAUUUCCGUUGGAAGGAAUGGAGAGUGCUCCCGGACUGUGUGCGCACUGAAGUCAGAAGCAGAGCACAAGGUGGAACUGGAUCCAAACCACAAGUCUGAGGUCAAAUCACCAGCAAGGUUAGAAGCACUAGCAGCUGAGGAAACGGGCCAGGCAGACAGGGAGGAAAAUGUUGACGAGAUAGUGACUCAGAUGGAGAAAGCAGAAAUCUAA